AUGGCAGAAGUGUAUGUUAAUCUCACACUAUCAAAUGCAAUUCCAAGAUCCCUCACUGUUGAAGAGAUAGAACUCGAAACCGCAAAAGACAAAACGCUACAACUAUGUAUAUCAGCAUUAAAAACCAACAGGUGGCACAACAUUCAAAGGCAGGCAUCGGGGACUACCAUAAAAGACAUCAACUCUCUUUUCAAACUCAGAGACCAACUCAGUGUUAGUGUUAAAAACGACAUACUGGUGCGUGAUCAUCGCAUUGUAAUUCCCAAAUCAUUACAACAAAGAGCAGUCGAUAUCGCACAUAAAGGCCACCAGGGAGUAAUUAAAACAAAACAACUCAUGAGGAUGAAAGUCUGGUUCCAUGGCCUUGAUCAUAUGGCUGAAGAAACCAUAGCUUCAUGUCUUCCGUGUCAUGCAUCAACUCUCGAGAAGGACGCCUUUGCACCACUAAGUAUGUCUAAACUCCCACAAGGAGCUUGGCAAGAGGUAAGGGUUAACUUUAAAGAAUUGCCAACGGGAGAAUACGUGAUGAUAGUAAUCGAUGACUAUAGCAGGUUUCCUGUGAUAGAAGUCACGAAAUCAGCAUUAGCCAAAAGUGUGAUCCCAAACUCGACACCAUUUUUUGCUACCUACGGCAUUCCAGUAACUGUUCGAACAGACAGUGGCCCACCAUUCAACGGAGGAGAGUUCUUACAAUUUGCACAAUACUCUGGCUUUAAGCAUUGA